AUGAACACGUUUCUGCAACAGCUUGGACACGAGAUCGUGGACGUCGAUGAAGAGACCUUUGACGUUUUCUCACAGAAUGCACCAUCACGAGACCUAGGCAUGGUGGAUGCCAAAGCCGAGGUUCUUGAGUUGACCAUCGCUGGGCGAGACUUCGAGAUAGCCCAGUCUCCUGGCGUCCUGCAAUCUACACGCGGUGGUGGCACAACAGGAGCCGCAGUCUGGGAGACCUCAGUCAGGUUGGCACAGUGGCUGGCAUGGCCGCCGAAUCCUUUGUUCAAGCAGGAUAUCCUGAACAGCAACUCGAAUGCAUUGGAGCUCGGCGCUGGCAUAUCUGGACUCGUCCCUCUGAUUUUGGCCUCGCGGAUCGAAAAAUUCUAUGCCACAGAUCAGUCAUAUGUGCUCAAGGCACUGAACGGAAACAUACUUGCCAACACCAGGGACAGCAAGAACCGGGGUAAGAAGAGUUCGAAGGCGGAUCCACAAGGCGGCAUUAGUACGUUUGCCCUGGACUGGGAGAACGAUGACAUUGCCAGCGUACUCACUGCAAAUGGCGUUGAGCUCGGCACCGAUCUGCUGCUAGCCGUCGAUUGCAUAUACAACUACGCACUCAUCGAGCCCUUGGUACAGACGUGUACCGAUAUAUGCAAGAUGCGCUCUCGGGACGAUGGCGACGAUUGCAGAGGAAUCUCAACCAUCUGCAUUCUCGCCCAGCAGAUACGACAACCAGACGUGUUCGAACAGUGGCUUCGAAACUUCCGCCAGCACUUCCGGGUCUGGCGUAUACCAGAUGAUCUGCUUUCCGAUGGUCUCAAGGAGAACAGCGGCUUCGUUGUACAUGUCGGCGUGCUGCGAAGUAAUGCGUGA